CCAAUCACAGAAAUGACGCAACACGAAGACGCGAAGGGAGGUAAUUCUCUUGGCUUUGUAAUGGCUCUCUGGAUUAGCUUGUUGACUUAUCUGCCUGCACGGAUUUAGCCGCGACCACCUGAAUUAAAGGACGAUGCCGAAACACAGCAGUGUAUGUGGGACUGUGGACACAGAAGCAAACUUAAACAGUCACGUACGCCACGGAUAAUUAAAACAUCUGAACACCUGCGAUUUCCCGCGUGUGUAAACAAUCCUCCAAACGGCGAGGCAGUAACAAGACGUGUUCGCCGUGGACGCCGCUCUUCUUCUCGACUCCAGCAGGUUCGGGAAGGUGUCAUCAUGAGGCUUUUGAGGUUUCUGAGGAGCAGCGUGUCCAUUGGGAAGGACGUUGACUUUUACUCCAGGUUUUCUCCUUCCCCGCUGUCAAUGAAGCAGUUUUUGGACUUCGGUAAGAGCUGCACAGGCUCAGAAAAUGCGUGUGAGAAAACCUCCUUCGCCUUCCUCAGGCAUGAGCUGCCUGUGAGGCUGGCCAACAUCAUGAAGGAGAUCAACUUGUUGCCAGACAACCUGCUGAAGACUCCAUCAGUGGGGCUGGUCCAGAGCUGGUACAUGCAGAGCUUUCAGGAUAUUUUGGAGUUCAAAGAUAAAAACGCAGACGAUGAGAAAGUCACAUAUGCUUUCACAGACGCUGUGAUAAAAAUCAGAAAUCGCCACAAUGAUGUCAUUCCCACCAUGGCUCAGGGGGUGGUGGAGUACAAGGAGACGUACGGCACAGACCCGGUGGUCAGCCAGAACGUCCAGUAUUUUCUGGAUCGCUUCUACAUGAGCAGGAUAUCCAUCAGGAUGCUGCUCAACCAGCACACUCUCCUGUUUGGUGGGAAGGUCAAGGUGAAUCCUGCACACCCCAACCAGAUCGGCAGCAUCGACCCGCACUGUGGUGUCAGUGAGGUUAUCAGAGAUGCCUUUGAAAAUGCUAGAAACCUUUGUGACCGUUACUACAUGAACUCUCCUGAGCUCAUUCUGGAGGAAUUUAACGCCAAAGAAGAGGGGAAACCCGUCACUGUUGUCUAUGUUCCGUCUCAUUUGUACCACAUGGUGUUUGAGCUUUUUAAGAACGCCAUGCGGGCCACCAUGGAGUUACACGGCGACGCGAUGGAGUAUCCUCCCGUUCAUGCGCAGGUUGCACUGGGCUCUGAGGAUCUCACCGUCAAGGUGAGCGACCGUGGAGGUGGCGUGCCUCUGCGUAAGAUCGACAGGCUGUUCACCUACACGUACUCCACAGCCCCGCGGCCCAGCAUCGACGACUCCCGAGCCGCUCCUCUGGCUGGCUACGGCUACGGCCUGCCCAUCUCUCGCCUGUACGCUCGCUACUUUCAGGGAGACCUGAAGCUCUACUCUCUGGAGGGAUAUGGGACCGACGCAGUAAUCUACAUACGGGCGCUGUCCACGGAGUCAAUCGAGAGGCUCCCGGUGUACAACAAGUCGGCCUGGAAGCACUACAAGACGAUGCACGAGGCCGACGACUGGUGCGUCCCCAGCAAGGAGCCCAAAGACCUGACCACGUUUCGCAGUUUCUGAGCCCAAAGAGUGAAUUUGUUUGCAGCAGUGUGUUUAAAAAAAAAAAAAAAGCUUCCUGUUGAUGACUGGUGGUGAUUUGUUCAAAGAAAGAAGAAAAAAGUAUAACGGGAGGAAAAUUUUGUGCCAUAUAUUUUACUAGUUUUGUAUGGGAGGCUCCAGAUGUGGUGAUUAGGACCUGGUUUCCUGUGAAAGCACAACCAGCUCUGGAUUCAUUUCCAAGCUCUCACUCCUGUCAUCUGAAUAAUGAAUUGGUGUCAUAUUGUAUUUUUUUUUUAAGUAUAGCUGUUGCAUUGAGAAUAAGAGCAUAAUUUUGCUGCAGUUCGGUAGAAUUUCUUUUCGCUUUAAAAAGGUGUCAGUAGUUUCAGUUUGUAGCUGUGCUUAUUGAAAUGUGGUGAUAUUUUGCCUUAAGAGGAACAAAUAGGAGGCAUUGAUGUAAAUUAGCUGCUCUUUGGGUUGUUGAACAAUUUUGUUUGACUUUCAGAUAUUUUUUUCUUGAGGAUGGUGAGAAACUUUAAAGCAAACCUGCACCUUUUUUUCUUUGUUUUGAUGAAAAUAUUCAACAGGACUCUGUUACAACUGUCAUAAAAAUAUUUACAUUAGACAUUUUAUUGUAAUAUUUUGGAUUUUCUGUUUCAACCGAGAUUCAGCGCCUUUCAAAUGAGAUUGUAUGAGGAUCGUGUCAUCUAUAAGCUAAUAUGCUGCAGUAUAGAGAGCUGUUUGUGUUUGCUGUAGUUCACUGUUGACAUGUUGCACUAGAAGCACUUAUCUGUAAGAUUUAACAGAAUAUUUUGUAUUAAAAGCUCUAUGCAAGCAGAGUAGAGGGAGGGAGGUGAUGGUUCGGUCUUCAGAUGUUUGUUCAACUGUGCAGCAACUCUCCACGUUGCCGGACUGUUGAGGACAUUCAGUGUCUGCGUUUCUCAGAAUAUGGUAUAUGCUGCUCUGUUGGGACAAAGGCUUGAAUAAAUUAUUUAAAAUGA